AUGCAGGAGCUGCUGCUGUUCAGCACUGCGGUCAUCGUAUCUUCGAACGCCGUGACGUGGUUUCUCGGCCUCGCGCUGGGACUCAUUCUGCGCAGCGACCAGCUCCUGUUCGCCACGCACUGGGAGGGCCUGCAUACCCUGCUCACCGGCUUCCUCGUGGCGUACGCGCAGCUCGUGCCGGAAGCGACGCUUCCGCCCAUCCCGUGGCUCCGCGCGCGCGACCUGCCGAUGCUCGCUGUGGGCGUGGCCAAUGUGCCGUGCUUCUUCGGGAUCCUCCCGCGAUUCCUUCCGAUCCAGAUUGCAUGGAUUACGUCGUGGAUCUACCUGCGCUUCUACCAGGCACACGCGGAUGGGCCACGCGGCGACCCUUCGGACGAGUUUGCGUUCGUCUUGUGGUUCCCGCCGCUCGUGCGCCCUGUGCUCGCGCCCGUCUUCAAUGCACUGCACCGCGUAGCCUACGCCGCGCACCUUGUGCCACGGAGCCCCGGGUACAUGGACCUGGAGCUCAGCCUUGCGCAGUCGCAGCGCAGCGGCGCCCGCGAAGAGGCUGAGCGCCGCCGCGCCAUGGCGCUCGCCGCCCUUGACGCACGCGUCGCGCCCGCAGCGGCGCCGCCCGCAGCGGCGUCGCCCACAGCCGCAUCGCCCGCAUCUGAGUGA